GUGGGCAAACACCGCAACAGCCACAGCUCCCGCACCGCCGCAGCGCCCCCACGCCCACGCCCACGCCCUCGAACUCCGACGACAAACCCUCCCCUGCGCGCCCUAGCCCAUCGCCGCCAUGCGCGGCGGCGGGCUGCUCCGGGCCCUGGCGGGCAGGUUGCGCGCGGCCCUCGUCGGCCGCAUCCGCUACGGCGGUGGCCGGGCCCACGGCGGAGGUGGCGGCCCGGCUGCGAGGGGAGGUCACGUGGUGAGGACCGAUGUAUCCACCGGCGAGAGCGGGCGGGGCUCGUACAAGGGGGGAGGCUCGUACGGCGGGAGGACCAGCGAGGGCGGGCAGGGCUCGUACCAGGCGGGAGGCUCAUACGGCGGGAGGACCGGCGAGGGCGGGCAGGGCUCGUACCAGGCGGGAGGCUCAUACGGCGGGAGGACCGGCGAGGGCGGGCAGGGCUCGUACCAGGCGGGAGGCUCAUACGGCGGGAGGUCCGGCGGAGACGGCGCCGGGCAUGGACACGGAGGGAGCGCACGGGGUGGGCACGGCGCGCGCGGAUCGGACCAUGAGCAGGCCAACGGUUUCUGGGGAGGCCUUCGGCGCCGCCUGAAGAAGACGCUUGAUGAGCGUGACCUGCUGGAGAACCUCGAGGAGCUGCAUUACCAAGUGGAGAGAAUCGAAAGGAUCCAGAACUUACCGGAGAGGAUCGCAGCCAUUGGGCAGAAGUUUCAUGAUCAUUGGGUUACGGUCAGCCUUGCCUUCAGCACAAUGUAUGCAACUGUAUCAGGAAAGGUCCAGGACCAGGCCGUUUCAGUGAAGGCCAAGAUGAUUGACCAGGCCGUUUCAGUGAAGGCCAAGAUGAUAGGAGUGAAGGAUAAACUGAAGGAAAGGCUCUCUCCGCAGAAGGUCAGACCGAACGACGAUCAGCCGGAAGAUGAACCUAUUGCCAUACCAUUGGCAACAGAUUUCUCUCCAUGAGCCGGUACUGAAGACGGCUGUAUUAGUCUCACAACAACGCUUGUCUUUUUUUCAUCAGUGUCUUGCUGUAGCUUGUUAGAUACUGAUCACUGAAUCAGCUUCUGUUCUGGGCAAGUCGGGCAAAAACCAUCUUGCCAACAAUUACCUGAUGUGUGCUGGCUCAGUUCAUGAGCAGAUGGAUGCAUCUCUUGUAUGCGCUACUGUCAGGGCGAGAACAGUAGCAAAUUAGCUGCAACAGCCCUUGUAUGUUUGCCAAGUCCGCCCGCUGAAUCAGGGGCUGCCCUCUGCAUGUGAAAACUUACUCUUCAGUUGCAAGGACAAUUUCUUAAAUUCUCAGGCAA